UUAGAAGAGGAUGGAUUUGUUACACCGGAUGAAAAGGCCAAAGAACUUGUUAAAAAAUUGACCGAUAAAAAUUUCCUAUGUGCUCUAAGGUUACUUUUUGAAGAUUUACAAAAUGAAUUUUCGGAUCAAAUAUUAAUAAAUUCGUUGGUCGCCUUAGCCGAUCCAGUCCCAUUUAAAUUAAACUAUUCAAAAGAGAGCACAUUUAGGUUGGAAUUGCACUUACGUACAUGGAUAACAAUACUAGAAAGGAUAUGUUUCUCCCAAAUACGCCUUACUAAAGAACUUCGAAACAAGAUUUAUAAUUCUUUGACGGUAUUUGCAGAAAUCCAUAGAAAGACAGCUCAAAUAAUUGGAGAAGGAAUCGAAAACAUCUUUAAAUCUGAAUUUUAUCAAUUCAAUCAACAAAAUGACUAUAAAGAUGUAAAGAUCGCUAAAAAGCGUAAUUAUAAUAUUGACUUUUUGUUGAUUCAAUUACGAGACACACUUCAUAGCUUGGGUGAUAAUGAAACUUGGUUUCAAGAAGUUUUACAAAGAACAAAAGACUUGCUUAAAGCUUCCUUAAAUAUUACACCGGGAAUUGUUUCAAUUGUAGCACCUUAUGCUUCUAUUCCGAAUGGUAAUUGCUCAAUUUUAUCAACGCUCACCCAACUGCGCCAAUCAUUAAGUUUUGAAUAUCCAGUAGCAUCUUAUUACGUAGAUUGGAGGAUUAUGAUGAUAAUUAAACAUGAUUUCAUCAAAUGGUCUGAAGGUUCAGAAAAGAUUAUUAGUAAAAAGCAUGGUGAAAUGAUUUUGAUAGAAUAUAUUAGGGCUUAUUUGGAAAGAGAAUGGAUUCAAGUUGCUGAUAAAACGAUCUUGGAUUUUCAAACUAAAUUUGAUGAGGAAUCAAAUAGACUGAUCGAGAUGCUAAGAAAUACUGGAAGAAUUUUUAAUGAUUUUUCCGGAAAUGAACCUCUUGAAUUACCACAUUCCCUAUGGUUUGGAUUAUUAGACCUUGUACAUGAACUUGUUCGACAAUCAUCUAAAUCGAGUACGUAUAACCAAUGUUAUUAUUUAGCAAUUGAAUCCCUCAAUAAAGCUCCAAGCAGCUUUAUUCAAUUUAAGGCAAUAGAAAUAUUAUUAAACCUACAUGACAUUAAUAGUGAAUUGUUUACAACGUUAGAUAUUGAUUUAGAUCAAUACGCACGAGAAUUACGUGAGAAUAAAUUUUUAAUAAAUUCUUCAGAAAAGUUUAAAGUUCUAUUAGAAUUCAUUAAGAAAAGAUAUUCAAAGGAUGUUGAGAUAAUUAAUGGUAAUACUGAAAGGAAAAAAAGAAAGAGUAAAGACAAUUACUUGACAAAAGAUAUAUCUUACAAUCAUAAUCUUGCUGAUGAAAUAAGCGAUGUACCGACUGAUCAACUAUGUCUCUUGGGAUGUCAACAUAUGAUAACAUUAAAUAAUUUGAAAGAAUUAAAACAAGCAAAGUGUCCACAAUGUCGACUACAUAUUGAGAAUAACAAGAGUAGACAUUUAUCACAAAAUACCAUCUAUAAAAAUUUAUGUGCGCAAAACUCCAAGCCUGGACAUAUUUUACCUUCAAUUGACUUUGAAGAUUCGGACGAUAGUGACUCCGACUCGGACAAUUUAUCAGAAAUUGAAUUUGAACUAAUCAAAGAAAAGAACCUCGUUAGAGCAACGAAAUCAAAUUCAAAUACGUUAUUUCAAUCAAUAAUGCCAAAUAGAACUUCAAAAAAACAACAUUCAACAUAUCAAAAUGCUAUGAAGGAAUUGGCAGGAAAAAAUUAUGAGAGAGCUAUAUAUUGGUGUCAAGAAUUUCUGAAAAAAUUUCCAAAACAUUAUUGCAUAAGAUGUAUUUUAGGAUACAUUUAUAGAUGCUUGUUUAAUUAUGAAAAGGCGCACGUAUAUCUCAAUGAGGCUAUCGACAUAAAACCAAAAAAUCCGAUCGCCUACUAUAUCAAUGGAGAAAUCUAUUAUAGACAAAAGAAUUAUAGCAAGUCAAUAGAGUUUAUAUUAAAAUCAAUGGAUUAUAAGAUAAAGAUGAAUAAUUUAAAUAUAAUACUUGGCAGUAGCUAUAUUUUUGAAAAAAGUUAUAAUAAUAAAGAUGGUUAUAAUAAUGCUUUAACGAAUUUUCACGAAGCAUUAAACAAGGAUUCCAACCAUUAUUUGUGCUUAAAAAAUUGUGCUUUUAUCUAUCGAAAGCAAAAAAAUCAUCAAAAAGCUUUAGAAACCUUGGAUAAAUUAUUAUGUAUUAAUCGGAAUGAUUCUUUAAUUUUAUGUUUUUAUGGUGAAAUUUUAGUAAGCUUAAAAAAGUAUCAUGAGGCAAUAUCGUAUUUUACGAAAGCAAAUACUAUUGAUCCAGAAAAUGUUCAUAAUUUAAUCAACAGAGCUACAACAUAUCUUAUACUUGAAAAAUACAACGAGGCAUUAAUGGACAUUAAUAGAAUUUUAGGCUUAGACUCAUUAUAUAGUUUGGCGUAUUAUUACAGAGGGUUGAUUUUUUAUAUAGUGGAAAACAUAAACAUUUCAAUUUUGGAUUUUAAAAAAUGUAUACAAUUAAAUCCCAAUGAUGAUUUGGCAAAAAUCCAUUUAAUAUAUUUAAAUUUUAUGUCACAUUAUCGUGCUUAUAAAAAAUUAAAUCACAAGAUUGCCAAGAUUAUCGCCAAAAUUGAUCGUUUUUCUAAAAUUGAUGAUCAGAUUAAAUUUUUUAUAAAAUGUAACAUUUAUAUCAAAUUAAAGAUGUAUGAUAAAGCAUUAGAAAAUUUUAAUAGAUUUUUUGACUUGAAUCGUCAAGAUAUUCAAUUCCUUUAUUUUUUACGAAAAUAUUCUGGUUUCUUGAAGUAUUUAUGCAGCUAUUAUAACCUUGAUAAUAAAUUUAUUGGCCUUGGGAUUGUUGAAAAAUUUUAUAUUUAUAUGUAUUUCGGUGUUUACUUCGUAUCAAAUCUUGCCAAUAUUGAUAGUAAAUAUUUUCAUCAUAUUCAAGAAGUUAAUUCCAAAAGUUUAUCAAGAAAAGUGAUACAUGUUAAAUAUGAACCACUAAUGAUGGUUUUACCUAAUUUAUUGAAACCUUAUUGGGGAUCCUAUAUGGUUUGGAGAAUAUGCAUUGAUGAUGUAUCGUCUAAAGAUUGUUCUUUGAAUUUUAUAAUUAAAGAUGAUGAUCAUUUGCCGCAUAGGCAUACCUUAACAUAUGAAGAUUUGUCAAAACUUAUUGGAUUGGGUUGGAUUGAAUACAGUUUGCCAUUUACAUUAAAAUUUACAUGGGUGAAACCUUCAAUUGAAAUAAAAAAUGGGUUUAUUGAUAUGAAAAUCGAUUAUGUUCGCUUCAUAUCUACCGAAAGAGAUCAAAAUUAUAUUCCUAGCGUACAAACUUUUUUACCACUAUAUAAAUUACAUCCAGAUGUUCCAGAAGCUUUUGAGUAUAGGAUUGCAUUAGGCCUAUCAAAAAUUCAUAAAAAGAGUAUUAUCCACCGAGAUUUGCAUAGUGGAAAUAUUUUGAUAAACAAUAAUUAUAUUAAAAUAGGUGAUUUAGGAUUAAGUAAAUCUGCUACAGAAGCUGAAGAUAAUGAAACUUAUGGAAUUAUUCCUUAUAUUGCACCAGAGGUUCUUCAAGGGAAAAAAUAUACCAUAGCAUCGGAUAUUUAUAGUUUUGGUAUGAUUAUGUGGGAAUGUAUGACAGGCAGAAGACCUUUUUGGGAUCGUACUCAUGAUACUGAGCUGAUUAUUGAUAUUUGUGAUGGCUUACGUCCUCUAACAGGUAUUGUAGCACCUGAAGGUUAUAUUGAGCUAAUGAAAGAAUGCUGGGACCCUGAUCAAAGUAAAAGGCCAGCUAGUGGCAUCAGUAAAGUAAAAGCAUGGAGUCGUGAAGAUGUUAAAGAAUGUUUGCAAAGGAGGAAAGUUGAAUUAAAUAUUAAUGAUGAAGUUAUCAAUAUAUUAUAUGAUCAGGGUAUUGAGGGUAGCAGUUUUCUUGAAUUAUCAGAUAUUGAUGGUAAAAGUUUCCUUGAAUUAUCAGUACAUCUUCUUCAAAAUAAAUUACCUCUUGAUCCAGUAAUAAGAAUCAGUAAUUUCAUUAAUAAAGUUCAAGAAG